CAUUUUGUUGUGCUUCAAAAAAUUGUGACUGUUUUUGAAUUUUAAUUUUUGUGUAUUAUUUUGUGAUGGCGUUCAAUUUCGAUAGCGGACAAUUCAACAGGGAAUCCACGCCGAAGCGUCUCGGCAACUGGCAGGUACCACGUUGGGCGCCAACCCGCGCCCGCCCAAUGGAGAUGCGGCCGAACCCUAAGCCGAUCUGCGAUAUGAACGGCCAUUUUCUGCCGGGCGCUCCGAGGGGCACGUCCAGGUGCUUCGGACACUACACCGGCACUUGGGACCUCCCUAGGAAGAUCACUAGGAAAGUCGCUGAAGAGCUAGCAAAGGAGCCACCUGACCACAGAUUCCCAGAUUGGAUCAACCUCCGCGUGCAAAGACCCAAGGCUGCCACCGCACGCAUGCGCCCGACCAAACGCGCCAAAGCCAAAAAGGAGGAGGCACCGUCUCCACAGGACGAGCAGACCUUCAAACCAUAUCAAUGUCCGUUCAAGCACAAACACAAAAAAACGAAAAAGUGAAGACAUGAAGAUUAUAGAAAAAAUGCACUCGCUUAGAUAUAUACACAAUUUAGUUAGAAAUUAGAAAACUUACCAGUUUUUUGAAGUUAAUUUUGUGUAAAAUUUUCCAUGUCUGUACAAAAAAGGACCCGGAUACUAAUCAGGAUUUUCAAAUAGAAACUAAAUAUACUCAGAGGGAUAACUUUGAAGAGGAAAAAGAUAUCCUAAAAACCCCCGACAAUCCAUUGGGUUUUAUAAAGAAAGAACCAAUCGACGAGGAUGGUAAUGGACCUUAUAUCCCUGGAGCAUUAACUGAACCAGAAAAAAGGCACGACAGUCACGACCUUCUAGUCAAAGAAGCCGUAGAACAGAUUCAUGGUCCUCAAGAAGACGACGAAGACACAUUUUGGCGGAAAGUAGCCGAAAACGCCGAGAAAAAUGAACAGCUACGCGAAGAUAAUAUGAAACACAAAAAAAGUGGGACACCCAAACUACCCUACGUCAACGUCUCUCAAAAUUUUCAGUUCGCGAAGAAGAUGCACGUAGGGAAUCUGGAACAUCAGCCGCUUCCAGAUACAUUGGGUUACCGUAAUAUGACUAAAAUCGCUGAGCACAGAGACUCGGAUAUUAUUGUCAAACCAUACGCCAUUGGCUGGAAAGGUUACGGCGCUUCAGGACCUACUUGCUGCACAAAAAUGCGCGUUCAUAGACCAAAAACUUGUGAUAAUAAGAAAAGUGAGGGCGAGAAAGAUUCGAAAAGGCCGUCCACAUCAGGACCUAAUUUAGGCGGUCAAUAUAACAAGAAACCACUGUCUCUUAUGGAUCUAGCAAUUUGUUGGGACUUCAGACCUGACGAUCCAAAUCACGAGCCUAGACGACCAAAACAUAUAGAUGGAUCAAACGGCUCGAAAGCACCGGCGGUGUUUACUAUGGUGCACACUCCUAAAGAGGAGGUAAUCGAAGAGUUGACCGGACACGCUAAUCCAAUUUUCAAUCAGAAUCGACUAGGCGAUGACAUGAGUCGUCAUCCUGUGCCAUAUUUCGAGAAAGAUAUGACUAAGGAUAAACGGAGAAAUUCGUGUGACGUUCAGUACUGUCCGCAACACAAUGCGCACAGCGAGAAAAGUUCAAAGUCGUCGAGCAGGAAGAGUUCCGCACACUCUGCGAAGAAGCCAGAGUGUGAUGGGAUACACGGUUGUGGAACUCCAAGCGACACUAGCCGGAAGUCUAGUCGCGAUAGGAGGCCAGAAAAACUCCAGCCUAUCAAAGAUGCGUGGAAUGUUCACACGAAUAAAAACACUAAAGUUGACAUCAACAGCAAUCAUAGGCACAGUCUGGAAUCUUACGAGAAGACUCCGCUCGCUCAGGGAAAAUUGCAUCAGAGUUCUCCAAUCGAGUCGCAGAAUUCCAGGCGCUCGACUAAAGAUAGCGUGUCGACUACUCGGCAUAAGAAUUGUCUGCCUUGCUGUGAGAAGGCUCCUCCUGAGGUAAAGCAGAAGGAAGACUACAAGUUUGCGUUUAAAGCUGGGAAUCCGAACUCGGUGAAUAGCGUUUCUGGUUCAAUGGAUUCGAAGGGUGUGAAAAUUCCGAAGAUGCGUCAUCCUUAUACAAAGAAAUCUUACACGAUUCCUACUUUAGCACCGCCAUUCAGUAUCUGGCGCGAGGCGAAUGCCAGUGGUUACCCCGAGCACUGGCGCUUAGCUAGCGUUUACCAACACGCAUACAAACCGCCGGAACAAAGACGCAAGCCUCUCAUAGAGAGCGUGUACCAGUGAACACCGCUAUAACAAAAGAGUUUGUAGUACUUAUUCCAAUAUCAAAAACUUCCACUUCAAAUAUUUUAUCUCUGUAUUCAUAAUUUCUGUGAUUCAGUGUUUAUUGAUGAGUAAUUUCAGAAUUUGCCAAUAAAGUUAUAGAUAGUUAUUUGAUAUCUAACAAACAAUAAAGGUCGCUGGUUACCAGUAAUUUUAUCUGCCCGAUAUGUAUUAUUGGACGCUUUUGAAACUACAAGAAUAUCUAUUCCAUUUCGUCUAUUUCAUCCAGUUGGACAUGCGGGUAAACUUGUAUUUAAACUUCUAUUGGCAAACUCUGACCUUCUAGUAAUCUUAUCCUGCUCAUUUAUAAUCGUAGGUUAAAAUGAAAGCAAUUGUUCCACAUAAAUGUUUAUUGGGUCCAAUUACCAAUACAUUGCAAUGUACAGUUUAAAAUAAAUUCCUUCUCGGUA